GAAGCCUUGUCUGGAAUUUUUCCGCUCUUUGGGAGAGAAUGGACACAUCUUCAUCUUGACUUUUAGCAUUGAACGCUUUAUCUCUAGUGGUCUGAUUCUUAUUUUCCGAUUUGAAAUGUCUAAAUGGAUCUUUCGUGAUUCUGAUUAGUACUUUUGGGAAUUACACACUCCUGUGCCUGUUUAUGUGUGAUGUGGUCAGGGAGUCAGCUGCCGUUGGUGAUGCCCGCUGUGUGCCCUCAUAUAGGGGGUAAGGAAUGGUGCUUUCAGGAUGUGGUAGGGGUGGACUGCAGCUCACCAGAACCUCGCUGUAUCUGGGUGGCUGUGUUACAUGGGGAUACACCACAAAUAAACGUUUCGAACCUCCAAACUGACACUUCUGAAAUCACAAACAGCCCUAGUUGCGGGAAAGUCCUCCCGUUAACCUCACAGACCUGCAGGGCAAAGGGGCGGAGAGAUGGGAUCUCUUCAUCCAGUGAGAACCCUCGUCCAGUGGUCAGAGGCAGGACUGACGGGUUGGGCGUGUCCUGGCAGGGCCCGCGUACACUGGUGCUCCACAAGAACUCUCAGGGCUUUGGUUUCACGCUACGCCAUUUCAUCGUUUACCCGCCAGAGUCAGCCCUGCACACCAGUCUCAAAGAUGAGGAGAAUGGGAAUGAAAAAGGGUUGCAUCGGAGUUGCCUGGAGCCCAUGGACACCAUCUUCGUUAAGAAUGUGAGGGAGAAAGGCCCCGCCCACCAGGCUGGUUUGUGUACAGGAGAUAGGCUGGUUAAAGUUAAUGGAGAGAGUGUGCUGGGUAAGACGUACUCGCAGGUCAUUGCACUGAUUCAGAACAGUGACAGUGUACUGGAACUCUCAAUAAUGCCAAAGGAUGAGGACGUGCUGCAGCUGGCAUACUCCCAUGAUGCCUACCUUAGAGGGAACAAUCCAUACACAGGAAAGGCCUAUAAUCUUCCACCACCGCCUCCUCUCCUCUACUCCCCACGUACAAAAUCACAGUCUCCUGUAGGGUACUCCCCCUGCCCAGCCUCCUCACACAUGGGCCAAAACCAGCUGGACAACUGGAGCUGCUGGCCCGGCUCCUUCUCUGGUCCCUCUCCACAACUUGACAACCGGACAGUCGCUUCCAGCCCUGUCUGGGCAAGCGAGGGAAGGAACUGUGAACCAGGGGGUGUUUGUCACAGUAACCCUGCACACCGAACUGAAGAGAUCCAGUAUGGAAUGACUGACAGGGAAAAACAGCCAACCGGACAAACUAGAGGACAUUCCUUCUCAUCCUCUUCCUCCUCAGGAGGGAUGAUGAGCCCAAUGCAUCAUGCACAUUUGCCCAACCAAAAUGUGGGUACUGCCAUGGGCCACGCUGGAGGACACAAGUGGAGCCCACCGUGGGCUAGCCUUUCUCAGCCAACAUCAAUACCCCCUUCCAGCCGCAGCGAACACACCCAACAAGCCCUUUCCAACUGGUAUUACAGCCAAGUUCCAGGUCAUGAGCGAGAGCGGGAGCGAUCUAAUUGUCACACCAUGCACCCACAGCACAGGAGUUUCUCACAGGAUCGUCUAGGUGAGCUAGGGAGGGCCAGACGUUCCCAACAAAAAGACUUCCCCCACAGCAUGUCACAAGACACAUUGUUGCUUUUGCAGCAGCAGAGCACUGCAGCACAUACUGCAGAACCCCACUGGAGCCAUGGAGACGGGCGGGCUGAGCAUGCAUAUGGACAGCACCCACCUGUAAUGGCCUAUGAGCGCAAAUCCUCUGAAGACCUCCUUGAAAGCCAGUACUGCCACUCAGGAUGUUCACUGGAAACUGUAGACCGAGCUGUGGGGAUACUCUCACCACGACUGGAUAGAUCUGCAAGGGUCCAGCAUCCGCCAAACAGGACUGAAGGCUAUCCGAGGCAUGCCGGACCUUUCGGUGCUACGCAAGUCCAGCACAUAGAAUUACCCUACCAAAGUCAACACCACACACCCCAACACCAUCAACAGACACCUCAAAACCUCAAACAUACAACAAAACGCAUGCACCAACAUGCAUCUCAGACAUCACAACAUCAACAGGAAGCUCCACAGACAAGACAUUUGCCCUCUUGCCAGAGUAUGGAUGAAAAGCCGAUUGGCUACCGUAGCUACAGCCCCUCUUUUAAUCGCAAGACUGGCCGCAUCCUGCAGCAAGCCCAGUCAUUUAGAGACCCCUCUUAUACAGGUCCACACCUCAGCUGGACCUCUACACUCAAGAUCAGUCCUCCAGAAGGGCUUCCCCCCUCGGGGACUACUCCCUCCCCGGCCCCACCAACCACCUCCAAUACAACUGCCAUUCCCACACCCCCUGAAGAACAAGACAGAGCUUAUCAACCCACUAAUCAUGAUAGAGUGGCCGGGGGAGCCACAGAUGAAGUCCUCUCUCAGACACAGGAAGUUGUUCUUAGGCAAAAGCCACCCACAGGCCGCAGGGGUGUGAACACGCUCCGGCAUCCACAUUACGCCAUAGCCCUUGACUCCAGUGACCCUCUUCUCUUUACCUAUGACCCUACUGACCCCCCUGCCAAAGCUGAUUGUGCUGUUUCACAUCACCACACGAAUGGUAACCUACCACCACUGACCAUAGACAAUGACUCUCUUGCUUCAAUUCCAUUCAUUGAUGAACCGACCAGUCCAAGUGCAGAUUUGCGGGCGUGUCAUAUCCCCGCCUCCUCCGUUGUGUCCAGUGGUAGUCUUAAGUCCGCCCCUGCAGUGGCCACAAGCCCCGCCUCCCCAACCUUCACCUUUCCCUUCAGACUCCUUUUCUCCCUCGACUGCAAUGAUGCCAAGUCUAAUCGUCGUUCCUCUUAUCUGUUGGCCAUCACCACUGAACGCUCCAAGUCAUGCGAUGAGGGUCUUAAUGCAUAUAGAGAAGAGGGGCGAGUCUUCUCGAAGCUUCCAAAAAGAGUCAAGAGUUUCUUUACUGAAGGGUCUCUGGACAGUCUGGGUGCAGCUGAGGAGGCUCGCACUAAACGACACUCUACCUCUGAGCUGGGUAGCAUCAGCUAUAGUGACGUGAAAAGAGAAGGCUGGCUCCACUUUAAACAGAUCCACACGGUGAAGGGCAAGAAGGUGGGUAGUGCCAUCUGGCCUUGGAGAAGAGUCUUCUCAGUGCUUCAGUCCCAUUCACUCUUCCUUUACAAAGACAAGCGAGAGGCAGUGCUCAAAGGGGCAGUGCUGGGAGGUGGGGCUGAGGACGAGCAGCCAAUCAGUAUCCGGGGUUGCCUUGUGGACAUAGCGUACAGCGAAACGAAGCGCAAGAAUGCACUGAGGUUGACCACACAGGACUUCUGUGAAUACCUGCUGCAGGCUGAGGACAGAGAGGACAUGCUUGAGUGGAUCAGAGUCAUCGGAGAGAACAGCAAGACUGACAACGAGGAAUUGGGUUUUUCACGACAGGCUCUCAUCAGUAAGAAGCUUAAUGACUACAGGAAGCAAAGUCCAACGGGUAAUAAGCUAGACUCCUCACCCAGGGUGCCUCGAAUGACAUUUCUGAUUAGUAAACAAGACAACAGCUGUGCACCUCCACAUUCACCAAAACACGAGGCCAAAGAUGAGAGUAGCCCCCCUAAAUCUCCAUGGGGCAUAAACAUAAUGAAGAAGGCCAAGAAGACAAGUCCUAAAGCUUUUGGGGUACGGCUAGAAGACUGCCAGCCUGCUACCAAUAACAAGUUUAUCCCCCAGAUUGUGGAGAUCUGCUGCGGGUUGGUGGAAGACAUGGGGCUUGAGUAUACAGGGAUCUACAGAGUGCCAGGAAACAAUGCCGUAGUGUCCAUUCUGCAGGAACAGCUCAAUAAAGGAGUUGACAUCAACACUGCUGAGGAGAAAUGGCAGGACCUUAAUGUGGUCAGCAGCCUGCUGAAGUCCUUUUUUCGUAAACUUCCAGAACCCCUCUUCACAGAUGACAAAUACAUUGACUUUAUUGAGGCCAAUCGUAUGGUGAAUGCCAGUGAUAGACUUAGGGCAAUGAAGAAACUGAUCCAUGAUCUACCAGAUCAUUACUUCCACACUUUAAAGUUUCUAGUCGGACACCUAAAGACUGUGGCAGACCACUCUGAUAAGAACAAGAUGGAGCCACGUAAUUUGGCGCUGGUGUUUGGCCCUACUCUUGUCCGGACCUCAGAAGACAACAUGACAGACAUGGUCACCCACAUGCCUGACCGCUACAAGAUUGUGGAGACACUCAUUCAACAUUAUGUCUGGUUUUUUAGUGAAGAACAUGAAAAGGAUGAAAAGACGCCAGUGGACACAGAGGAUGUUCAACCUGCCCCCAAUAUAGAUCACCUCCUCUCUAACAUUGGCCGGACAGGCUUGCUAGGGGAAGCGUCAGACUCAGCCAACAGUGAUUCUGCAAAAUCUAAGGAGUCAUGGGGUUCAAAACGUGACUUUACUGCCAAAGAUAUCCUGACAUUGUCCAUUAUGUCGGCUGUGACCUGGAAACGCAGAAAACGGCAUAACGCCCGCCUCCUGGGCAGCAGCACAGAUGACGACUCUGAGCAUGAGCUCAUUAAAUCUUGUCCCUGCGAAAAAGACGACUUGCAAGAGAUGGGGCAAGUGGCAUCCUUCUGUGCCCCACGAGCAGAGGAAGAGGAGGAUGUGGAAGAAGAAGAGGAGGAGGAAGCAGAGGAGGAGGGAGAAAGACAGACAACACAAGAGCAGAAAGAGGAAGUAGUUCCCAGCAUAUCCUCCAUGGAGGAAGCUCCACCAGUCGUGCUGCUAGAAGAGGAAGAAGAGCAAAGUUCAGAAGUGAAGGGUCACAGUUGGCGAGGAGAUGAUGCACGUUCCAUUGUGUCAGGGUACUCGACUCUGUCCACGCUAGGACGGAGCUUAGUAUCAGAGGGGCGGGGCGAAGAUGCAGAUGAUGAGCACAGUGAACUGGUGAGUGAAACCGAUAAUGAAAGUGGCUUCGCCUCAAGCUCCCUCACCCAGGAACGGCCGGAGAAAACAGCUUGUUCCACUCAAAACUCCAAGACGUCACCUGAAGCGCCACGCAGCUUUCUCUAUUCGCACUGCAAAUCACCCUCUGCUACCUCUGGCUCCACCCCUGCUCCACCUCCUUCUUCGACCCACAUUAACCCUUACCCAGAAGACAGAACUUCUAAUGGAGCAGUACACUCAUCCACUCCCUCUAGCUCCCCUUACACAUCAUCUGCUUCCCAGCGCCUCCACGGCCGCAACUCCUUUAACUCACACCGCCUCAUGCAGUGUGACACCCUCGCCCGACACCGGCUAAAGGGAGACAAAGCCAAAGUGCCCUCUGUGGACCUCUCAGAACUUUACAGCUCCUCCAUCAUGGAAGGUGAGCAGCGACCCAGUCUGACUCAGAUGCAGGGCUCCAUCCCUGAGUCCUCUCCAUCAACUUCUUCAAGUUCCAAAUCCUUCAAAGGGGUUAGCGCGAGAAAUGAGUGUGCUCCAACAUCUGCAGCUGUGUCUGGAAGUAAGAGCUGCUCUUUGUCUCCUAGGCAGGGUUCCCUGGCAGAUCAGGUACAGGCUCGAUUGCUGGGCUCAGCCAAUGACUUGCGCAGCAUUGGCCUGAGGAAGCAGCUCUCGCCAGAAACACGUAGAAAGAGACGUGCAUGGAGGAGGCACACCGUGGUGGUCUCACCCACAGAUUGUUCUGACAAGAAAGCUGCCCUUGCUGCUGCUCACUCUACUAGCAACAAAAACCUCCCAAUGCUAUCCCCCAAACCACUAGCUUCCCCUGCUGAAAGUCGAGACCUUAGAGAGUCCCACCCCAAGAGCUCAGAGACCAAAGCCCUUACUGCACGUCGGGCCCCACCUACCUCUCGCUUCCGUGAUUUCUUGUAACAAUGUAAAAUGACUGUGUACAGGCUAGUGAACCAAGAGAGCUGGAUUUGGGCUUUGUUGUAGCUGUGUCCUCAAAGUAUGUUCCACCAGCUCAGUGUUUCUCAGUCCUAGUCCUGGAGAAUCCCAACAAUGCACUUUUGCAUGGAUCCCUUUUUAUCCCACCUGAUUCAACUCAUCAGCACAUAAGUAGAGGUUCCAUGACCUCAGUUUGGUGUUUCAAUAAAGGUUGGGUGUGUCAAUUAGGGUUCUUCAGGACCAGGAUUAUAUAAAUAGUCUCACUCUGUUUUCUCUGAAUCUCAGCCAAACGGUCAUAGUCUAAAGAUACCCCAUUUCAGUUUUGACAAAAUGUGUAGUUACUGACUUUUGCCUUUGCCAUCUAAUAUAGUAUCCAGCUGUAUCAGGAAGUGGAUCACAUGUGCUCCAUUGUCAGUGCUCACAUUGGUAGUCGCAUUAAAUUUGUUGCAUUGCCAAUGGUCAUGGUCACUCAUGUUACCUCAAAUCGCCAACUCUUAUUGAAAUUGAGUGACUUACAGUCACUUUGUCAUCACUUUAUAGCUGUCAGUGUGAAUUCUCUGCUAAGUUGGAGUGUGAGAAUACAAACUAUGGUUACUCAAGAUUUAUUUAAGCAUUGAUUGGUCAAAGUCACCUGCAUGGCAGAGGGGCUUUUCAGUGUUGCCAAAGUUUUCUUUGCUUUUCUUCUUCCUUUGCUUGGCCAGUCACAUGACAUCAUUUUGUUCUUUAUGUUACUGUCAAGACACUUGCGACUCAUGUCAUGGAGUGCUUUUUUUUUUUUUUUUUUAAA